AACUUCACGGUUUCCAAGUUGCUUGAGUCACGACGCAUGUUACUGCAGUGAUACAUAUAGUACUACACAAAAUUUCUGUUUGUUGAGCAGCUUUUGCUUUGCAGCUAACCGCCUAAACAGUGAGGUCGACCAAGUUGACUUGACCUGGCAUCCGGACAUCAUGGUUAGAACGCGACAAUGGGGGCCAGCACAGUCUCUGCUCGCGCUAGUACCGCUGCUCAUUGGAUUGCCAUGGCUUGCAUUGAAGCACCAGUAUUCAUUACCUACGCCCAUCGUAGACCAAUAUGAUCCUACGACUUCCUUGCCUCAGCUCUCUGAAGCAACAAUCCUACAAUAUGCCAAGUACCUAUCAGAGGAUAUCGGAUACCGCACGCCUGGCACCCGUGAACACGCACUUGCAGAUGCUUGGAUGACAGAGAAGGCUUACCAGCUCAAAGAGGAGUGUGAGCGUGUCGUAGCCGCUCAACCCGGCCGUAAGCUCCAAUGCGAGGUAUGGAGGCAAGAGGGCAGUGGUAGUCAUCGCUUCGAUAUGAUGGCUGCGCGGCUGUAUAAACAUUAUGUCAACUUGAGUAAUAUCAUCAUACGCCUCAGCGAUGGCACGGACCAGGGAAAAGUUGAUGCAGUACUUGUCAACUCACAUCUUGAUAGUACCCUUCCCAGUCCAGGCGCUGCAGAUGACGCGCUCGCGGUUGGCGUGAUGAUUGAGUGCGUGCGGGUGCUGGUGAAUACCCCUGGGUGGGAGCCAAAGCAUGCAGUUAUAUUUCUGUUCAAUAAUGCGGAGGAGUCUCUCCAGGAUGGUUCUCACCUUUUCUCGACCCAGCAUCCUAUUGCGUCCACUGUCCGUGCUGUCAUCAAUUUGGAAGCUGCUGGUACCACAGGCCCUGAACUUCUGUUCCAGGCGACGUCUCACGAGAUGAUUCAGGCGUAUUCCCAUGUACCUCGACCAUACGGAACUAUCUUUGCAAACGAGAUCUUUAGCUCGGGCGUGCUACUCUCUGACACUGAUUUCCGGCAGUUUGAGUACUACUUAAACGUCACCGGGCUUGAUAUGGCAGUUGUAGGUAACAGUUACUUGUACCACAUGCGCGGGGAUCUGGUAGAAAACAUUGAGGCAGGCGUUGCACAGCACAUGGCCGAGAACACAUUUGCGCUCAUUGAAUAUCUCACCUCACCUGCCUCAUCACUACCAGGGCUUGCCUCAGGCUACGGCCGCCCUCGCACCGUCUUCUUUACGUACCUUGGCGUAUUCUUCGUCUACUCGUUCCGCACAGCUAAGGUGCUGUACUCGCUACUUUUCAUUGCUAGUUGUGUGCUUGUCAGAAGCGCUAGCGGGCCCAGUGCAAAAGGUGCAACGAUGGCGAAGGCAUUAUUUUCUGUAGUUUUAGGAGGCCUGGGAGCUCUUGUUGGAGCGAAUGCCGUUGCGUUUAUGAUGCAACAGGUGUUGGGUCGGGGAAUGAGCUGGUUCAAGGGCGAGUUUGAGCCGUUAAUAUUGUAUGGCCCCGCGGCGAUGUGCGGAGCACUCAUAACUCAAUUGUCAUUGGCCCCAGUCCCUGAAAAAGCCAUCUUACAUGCACAACUCCUUGCCUAUGCGUUCCUGGCCGUAGCGGGCCAGUUCGCUGGUGUUGGAUCAAGUGCGGUGUUCUUCCUUAGUGCACUCUCGACAUUUGGGGCCUUACUUGUCGAUCGUGUGACCUACUACUUGAGCGCGUCCUCCGAAAAUGAUGCUGGAAUAGAAAUGAUGCAUGCAGCAGACAAGCGAGAUGGGGAUGUGAAAGGAGCGGAGGAUGGGCGCAAUAAGGUGGAUAAGCCGGAGGCCAAAGACGGUUCGGUGAGCCUGUGGACAUAUGCUCUGGGCCAGACCAUCCCACUGUUGACGGGGACUCAACUGGCUUCUGCGACUUUGGUUGUGUUCGUACCGCUGACUGGGCGUAUUGGCUCUGAGGCUCCAGCAGAAUACAUCAUCGCUUCCAUUGUGGCGAUCUUGGGUUCUUACACGCUUAACUUCACUAUGCCAUUCGUUCACCGAUUUGACCUGCCUGUUCUGCGUAAAGCAGUCACGAUUUCACUCCUUGUAGUGGGCGUAGUGAUGGCAGUGUUUGCCAGAAAGGAGGUAUUUGAUAGAAAUCAUCAAAAGAGGCUGUUUGUUCUUCAUAAGGAAGACUUGAACACACGGGAGCAGCACCUCCAUAUCGCAGCGGCAGAUGGCGCACCUGGCUUUGACGAUUUGGUGCAUGACAUCACGACACACUUCGGCGCAGCUGGGAUGCCUCCCAGGGCUAUUGUCAUGGAUGACUGGAACAGCGAUUGGGAUACGUUGUAUCCAUUUUCAGCGUUCCUCUCACCGUACAAAAUUGACCUCCCGCUCGACCCGGCGUAUGAUGCACCUUGGCCGCCAGAAGAGCAGUUCACGGUUUCAGCUGUCAAUGAUACCCUCGAUGAGAGUAAGGGAACUAGGACUAUGACAUUAAAGAUCGAUCACCCGGGGAUAAUGUGGACUGUGAUUGCAUUCGAUGCGCAUGUACUAGAGUGGACGCUGGAUAACAACCCACCGGAGGAAUUUGCACGACACCACAUCAAAGAAGCGUCAUUCUACGGAACUGACGUAUGGACAGUGGACAUGACGAUCAAGUGGCCGCCCCCGAACGCGCAUCCCAGAUCGUCUGAUGUGGAUGGGUUGAGGGUGGAUUUCAUUGGGAUCCAGGAGAAGCGCAUGUGGCCCGCAAAAAAGGCUGACGCGGAUGGACAUCAAGCGAUGAAACUAUUUGAGGAGUUCGAUGCAUGGCUGGAUGAGAAGACAGGCGGUAGUGUAGAUGCGCUGUUCAUGGGGUGCGUGAGCGGAGAGGUGGUCGUGUAGGUUGGGUUCGCGGUAUAUGGAACGAUGAGUUAGAGACCAUCGUUAUAACCGCCAUCGAAAUUCAUCAAUCACUCAUUUCUUGUCCUUCAAAUGAAAACGCCUAACUGAAAAUAUUCCCUU